UCGCCGCCGCCGCCGCCUCCUCCAUCCCAAUCGCCGCCGCCGCCUCCUCCUCCAUCCCAAUCGCCGCCUUGCAUCGUCUCCACCAUCCCAAUCAAUCAAUCAUCGCCCUGCAUCGUCUCCACCGUCCUACAUAGCCGCCGCUACCCCAAUAAGCUUCAGAAUAUUAAUUUCACAAAAUCGAUGCGGAUGUGAAUUUCAGAAUAUUAAUUUCACGAUUAAUAGUACUUAUAUUUGAUUAUCCAUCCUUGCAAAAUUUUUGAGGCAUGAAGGUGCGAUCGUCUGUGAAGAAAAUGUGCUCAUUUUGCCGCACAAUAAGGCGAAAUGGGGUAAUAUAUGUUAUAUGCUCAGCUAAUCCCAAGCACAAGCAACGUCAAGGCUUUAUCAUGUCUGCAUACGGGCAUUCAGCCACCAUGUCGAUGGCGAUAAGUUGUCCCAAACAAGAGAAGCCCGGAGCCGGCUUUGGUUUCAUCAAUGCUUUGCCUCAUUCUUUUCCUCUUGCAUCCAGAAAUGCGGGAAAUACGGAUGAGGUAUCUGUGAUUCCCUUGUGGAAAAGGGGUAUAAUGGUCUCUUCAAUGGUUGCGGACGGUAAGCAUUUUGUGCUGAAAUCAUUUUAAUCUGUCUUCUUUGCAUUAUGUAACAUAUUGAUUGAGACCAGCAGCCACAGAAGGUGGAAGUGGGAUUGUUGUAUUGUUUAAUACUCCCUUUGUCUCAAUUUAAAUUGACUGUUUACCUUUUUUCUCCGUCCCAAAAUAAGUUGCCUGUUAGUUGUUAUCGUAAACUUUUAAAAAUAAAAUACCCAAACUACCCCUAAAAUAAGUCACCCUUCUUCACCUUAUCUUCUAAUUCAUAGUUACUCCUUCUAAAAAGUAAUGACAAUUUCAAAAAAUCAAUUAUAUUUUUUCUUUUCUUUAAAUAUGUCCAAAAGUCAAAACAGACGAUUUAAAACGGG